UAGGAUUCGAACCUACGACCAGUCAGUUAACAGCCGACCGCUCUACCACUGAGCUACUGAGGAACAACGGGAAAUUUGAUCUCAUAGAGUUCAAUUCCCGUUCUCAACCCAUGACCAAUAUGAGCUCGAAGUUUCCUUCGUAACUCGUGGAACUUCUUCGCAAUGGCUCCGUUCCAUGCCUCAUUUCAAAGGGAACCUCAAAGUGGCUCUAUUUCAUUAUAUUCCACCCAUAUCAAAAUUCCACUCAUUUUAGAUCCCCCUCUUUGGUGUCAGUGAGAUAAGAGAUGUCGUUUCUAGUCUAUCUCUUUCUAUUUCUAUAUAGAAAUAUGGAAGGUUGAAAAAUCAUUAUAUAAAUAUAUGGAUUUAAAAUUAGAUAAUAAUCCGGAGAUUGCAAUAGAUAAUAAAAAACAGAAGAUAAUAAAAAACAGAGGUUUGCGAUGAUUUUUCAAUCUUUUAUACUGGAUAAUCUAGUAUACUUAUGCAUGAAGAUAAUGAAUUCGGUCGUUGUGGUCGGACUCUAUUAUGGAUUUCUGAGCACAUUCUCCAUAGGGCCCUCUUAUCUCUUCCUUCUUCGAGCUCGGAUUAUGCAAGAAGGGACCGAGAAGAAACUAUCAGCAACAGCUGGGUUUAUUACGGGACAGCUCAUCAUGUUCAUAUCGAUCUAUUAUGCGCCUUUGCAUCUAGCAUUGGGUAGACCUCAUAUAAUAACUGUCAUACCUCUACCCUAUCUUUUAUUUCAUUUCUUCGGCAAUAAUAAAAAAAACUUUUUGAAUUAUGGGGACAAGAAAAAGAAUUCAAUACGUAAAUUUAGCAUUCAAAGAAUAUUCUUUACUAAUCUUAUUUUUCAGUUAUUUAACCCCCUUGUCUUACCAAGUUCCAUAUUAGUCAGAUUAGUAAACAUCUAUAUGUUUAGAUGCAACAAUAAAUUGUUGUUUUUAACAAGUGGUUUUGGAGGUUGGUUAAUUGGUCACAUUUUUUUCAUAAAAUGGAUUGAAUUUGUCUGGAUACAACAAAAUAAUGUUAUUAAAUCUAAUGAACGCAUUCGCUCUAAGAAGUCCAUUUUAUCAGAAUUUCGAACUUCUAUGGCUCAACUCUUUAGUGUUUUUUUAUUUGUUACGUGUUUAUACUAUUUAGACCGAACACCCUUGCCCUUUGUUUUUAAAAAGAAACGUUCAAAAAGUAAAGAAAGCGGUGAAAUUGAAAAACACAAAUUUGAUGUUGAAAGAAUUUCAAAAACGACAAGAACUGAGCAAAAAAAAAAGAUAUCUUCGGAAACCGAUACUUCUUCUUAUCUUUUUGCAAAGAAGGGUAAGAAUUCAAAGAAAAUCAACGAAACCGCAGAUAAAAAGAUAUUGGUAUCGAAGAAAUCCCUUGUAACGAUUUUUUUUGAUUUUAGACGAUGGAAGCGGCCGUUACGAUAUAUAAAAAACGCUCGAUUUGAAAAUGUUGUACGAAAUGAUAUGUCACAAUUCUUUUUUGAUACAUGUCAAAAUGAUGGAAAAGAAAGAAUAUCUUUUGCCUAUCCACCCAAUUUGUCGACUUUUCUACAAAUGAUGGAAAAAAGAAUAGACUCUUUAACAAGAGAAAAAAUCUUCUAUGAUGAAUUGAAUAAUUAUUGGAACUCUCAAAAUGAAGAAAAAAAAAAAAAACUAAGCAAUGAAAUUCUAAACAGGGCGGAAGUUCUAGAUAAGGAAUUUAUACCAUUGGAUAUAUUCCAAAAACGAAUUAGAUUAUGCAAUGAAGAGACUCAAACAAAAAACUUACCUAAACUAUAUGAUCCUUUCUUGAAUGGACCCUGUCGGGGCCGAAUGAACAAUUUUUUGUUAUCCUCAAUUAAUAAUAAAACUUAUAAAAAAGAUGAUAUUUGGAUAAAUAAGAUUCAUGGUCUCCUUCUUUCUAGUAUUCAAAAAACUAGUUAUUUUGAAGAGAACAUGGAUAUAUUUUAUCAAAAGUUAUUUUUAACUGAAAUUAGUUUUUUUUUUAACUUAAUCCAUAAAUUUUCUGAAAAAUCAGUAUCAGCCUUGAAUUUUGAAGGACUUGUGUUCUUUCCGGAACAUGCACACAUAACGCCUAAAAAAAUUCAAUUCUUAUUUGACGCAAUUCGAACAGAUCUGAAGGAUAAAACAAUUAAAAAAAAAAAAUGUAUUGUAAUAAAGGAAAUCGAAAAACAAGUUCCUCGAUGGCCUUACAAACUAAUCGAUGAAAUCCAAGACCUCGAAGAGGGAAACAAAGACGAACAGAAGUAUGGAAUUCGUUCCCGAAAAGCCAAACGUGUAGUUAUUUUUACUCAUACUAAAAAAUCAAAAGAUUCUAAUCCUUAUGGGGAUACUAGAAAAACAAAUAACACUGAUGAAAAAGGGGAAUUGGCUUUAAUACGUUAUGCACAACAACCAGAUUUUCGACGAGACAUAAUAAAAGGAUCCAUACGUGCUCAAAGGCGGAAAACUAUUACUUGGAAAAUUUUUCAAAAAAGUCUGUAUUCGCCCCUUUUUUUGAAUAAAAUUGAGAAACCCCCAUUUUUUUUUUUGAAAAAUUUUGAACCAAUGAGACAAAUGCUUUUUCUGUUCCAAAGGAGGCUGCGGACAAAAACAGGAUUAGAAAAUCCGUAUUAUACAGAAGAAGAGACAAAAGAAAGUAAGGAGGAGGACAAAAGAACAAAAAAAGAACAAGAGGAAAAAAGACGUAUAGCAGUAGGAGAGGCCUGGGAUAGUUUUAUAGUUGCUCAAGUAAUAAGAGGCUCGUUAUUAAUAACCCAAUCGAUUCUUAGAAAAUAUAUUGUAUUGCCUUCGUUGAUAAUAAUUAAAAAUAUUGUUCGUAUGCUUUUAUUUCAAUUUCCCGAAUGGUCAGAAGAUUUUAGGGAUUGGAAUAGAGAAAUGUAUAUUAAAUGCACCUAUAAUGGUGUUCAAUUAUCCGAAACAGAAUUUCCAAAAAAGUGGCUACUAGACGGUAUUCAGAUACAAAUUAGAUUUCCUUUUCAUCUGAAACCUUGGCACAGAUCUAAGCUACGAUCCACUAAAAAGGAUCCAAUGAAAAAAAAAAAAAGGGACUUUAGCUUUUUAACAAUUUUGGGAACGGAAGUGGAAUUGCCCUUUUCUCGCGUUACCCGAAAUCCAUUUGCCUUCUUUCAUCCCAUUUUAACGAAACUAAAAACUAAAAAAAAAAAAUGGCAAAAUCAUUUUUUUCAGGUUCUCGGGAUUUUAAAUGCAAGAACAAAAUUGUUUAUAAAUUUUUUAAAAGAAAGAGCAAAAUGGAUCAUCAAAAUUUUUCUAUUUAUAAACGAAAAAAUAAAACAAUUCCCAACUUUAGUGCUACUUACAUUCCAAAAAAUCGUUGGAUUUAAAUUAAGUCAAAAUCAAAACGAUUCAACAAUGAGUAAGAAAAAUCCAACGAUUUACAAAUCAAAUACUAGAAUAAACUCUAUUAAUUGGACAAAUUCUUCAUUGAAAAAAAAAAAUAAUGCUAAACGAAAGACAAUCAUUAAAAAAAUGAAAAAAAUGGCCAAAGAAAAGAAAAGGGGGAGUUUAACAGCAGAGAGAAAUAUUAUUUCGAAGAAAGCAAGUUUUUAUGCUAAAGAAUUAGCAUUAAAAAAAAAUAUUUGGCAGAUAUUACAAAAAAUAAAUCCUCUAUUAGCUUAUAAGUCACAAAAUCCUCUAUUAGAUGACAAUUCGAAGCAUUCUUUUUUAAAUACUCUCAUGGAGAGGGUAUACCUAAAUAUCUUUCUGUGUAUCAUUUUGAUUUGUAGCAUUGAUGUACAACUUUUUCUUGAAUCAAAAACAAAAAAAAAGUCCAUUUACAAUAAUGAAGAAAAUGUGGAAAGAACUGAUCAAACAAAUAAAAGUAUAAUUUACUUUAUUUCGCUUCUCAAAAGAUCUUAUGAUCUUAGGAAUACGAAUUCCCAUAAAUUUUGUGACGUAUCGUCAUUGUCACAAGCAUAUGUUUUUUUUAAAUUAUCCGAAACCCAAGUUAUUAACAUAUAUAAGUUAAAAUAUGUUUUUGCAUAUCAUCGAAAAUCCCCUUUUCUUAAGAAUGAAAUAAAAGAUUAUUUUUUUGGAAUACAAAGAAUAUUUGAUUUUCAAUUUAUAUCCAAGAACCCCCCCAAUUCUCUAAUGAAUCAAUGGACAAAUUGGUUGUUAAAGAGUCAUUAUCAAUAUGAUUUAUCUCAGAGAAGAUGGUCUAGAUUAGUGCCACAAAAAUGGAGAAAUAGAAUCCAUAAACGUCAUGUCAUUCAAAAUAAAGAUUUAAAAAAAUGUGAUUCAUAUGAAAAAACCAGAUCAAUUCCUUACAAAAACCAACAAUUAGGCUCAUUAAAAAAAAACACACAAUAUGAAUAUGAUCUUUUUUCAUAUCAAUCCAUUAAAGAUAAGAAAGACUCAUAUAUUUCUAGAUAUGAAUCAUCAUUCCAAGCAAAUAAAAAAGAAUUUCUUUCUUAUAAUUACAAAACAUGUAAACAAAAAGGAUUUGAUCCAACGAGCGAUAUCUCUAUAAAGAGAUAUAUAGCAAAAGAUUACAUUAUAGAUAUGGAAGAAAAUCUGCAUAGAAAACAUUUAGAUUGGAUGCUAAUAAAUAAAGAAAUAUUAAAUCAUUCCAUACCGAAUGAAGAUUUUAUUAAGGCAUAUACGAAUAACCCGUGGAUCAUACCAAUCGAAUUCCUUUUUUUCAAUUUAGAUAUAAAAAAAGAUGUUAGUGAAAAUAGAAAAUUUACUGGAAGAAAAAAAAAAAUAGUUUUUAGAUCAUCAAAAAAAAAAAAAUUGGAAUUCGAGUUAGAGACUCGAAAUCAAGCAAAAGCGGAAGACACGAGUGGGGUGGAUUUGGAAUCAUCUCUUUCAACCCAAGAAAAAGAUAUUGAAGCAGAGUCUACAGCAUCAGGAUUGGCCAGGAAAGAGGAAAAAAAAAAAUACAAGAACAGAAUGGAGGUAGAAAUAAAUCUCUUAUUAACAAAGUUUUUUAUUUUUCAAUUGAAUUGGAAGGGUUCCUUAAAUCACAGAAUAAUGAAUAAUAUCAAAAUUUAUUGUCUCCUGAUUAGGUUGAAAAAAAAUAUAAAAGAGAUUGCUAUAAGCUCUAUUCAAAGAGGAGAACUCAAUCUAGAUCUUAUGGCAAAUCAAAAGAGUUUAAGUCUUACAGGAUUGACGAAAAAUAAAAAAUUGAUCGAAAAGGAAAAGGCAAUGUUUAUUGUGGAACCAAUUCGUCUGUCUAGAGAAAAGGAUGAACAAUUUUAUAUAUAUCAAACCAUAGUACUUUCAUUGCUUCAUAAGAGUAAGCGUCAAAUUAAGAAAAGAUAUCCAGAAAAAACCAAUGUUGAUAAGACGAACUUUGCAAAAUCCAUUCCAAGAACAAGAGAUCAAAAAAUAACAGAAAAUAAAGAAAAAAAUCAUUAUGAUUUGCUUGUUCCUGAAUUCUUUUUUUGCGCUAGACGUCGUAGAGAAUUAAGAAUUCUAAUUUGUUUCAAUUCUAAGAAUAGAAAUAGUGCACAUAGAAAAACAACAUUUUACAAUAAGAAUAAUAAAGUAAAUAAUUGCUGUAACGUUUUGGCUGAAAAUAAGGAUCUUGAUAGAAAAAAAAACCUAAUGAAUUUCCAUUUUUUUCUUUGGCCAAAUUUUCGAUUAGAGGAUUUAGCUUGUAUGAAUCGCUAUUGGUUUGACACCGAUAAUGGAAGCCGUUUCAGUAUAGUAAGGAUACAUCUGUACCCACGAUUGAGAGGUCGUUAAUCUAUAAUCUAUAUUUCUUUCUUCAAUUUAGCGUAACAUAUCCGGUAUGCGGAUACAAAUGGAUACACGCAUAGAUGCGCACACGCAUUGUGUUAACUGUAUUCUGAGGCCUUGAUACUAAUUCAAUUAUAUAUCCUUUAGAUAUAGAUACAAAAAGGAAUCGAAAAAAUCGUCUUAUCGUCUUAUAUCUACUUUUAUCUAUAUAAUUAUAUAUAUAAUUAGUAUUUUAUUUUUUAAAUCGACCAUUUUUUUUUACAGAAAUAUAGUAUGAUUUGACAUCAGAAUCGCAAAAUGUUAAGGAAAUUUAGAUUAUUGUAUAUACAAAAUACCUAAUUUUAAAUUAGUAUCAUUACUAUUACAGAUCAAACAAGAUAUCUAUAAAAUAUGGAAGGAGGAGAAGAACGCUUUUAA